AUGUCUGUCCAUCUCAUCCCCAACAACGCGUUGGGUUUCAACAGACCUUUUACGCAGCUCGUCAAGCAAGUCCUGACUAUCACGAACAAAAAUGCUCAGCCUGUGGCAUUCAAAGUUAAGACCACUGCGCCCAAGUUGUACUGCGUACGACCAAACUCUGGCAGGAUAGAGCCUGGUGAAAGCGUCGAUGUCUCCGUAAUGCUACAACCGAUGAAAGACGAACCACCUUUGUCGACCAAGUGCAAGGACAAGUUCCUAAUUCAAAGUACCCUCAUCACACCCGAAAAGGAGACCAGAGACCUACAGGAAUUCGUAAGUCUUUCCUCUGGAAUGCUCAAGCAGGGCGCUGGAGACGAGUGGAAAGUUUAUCAACAAAAACUCCGUGUCGUGUACCUCCCGCCCGAAGGUCAAACUGUUGAAGAGGAGGAAGAAGAACCCCCUGUGCUUCCCCGCCCUUCUGUAGAGCCCGCUGGUGGACCAUCUACAUAUGCAACUCUGAGGGAUGCAGAGCCACGCAUUACUCCACCUAUACCAGAAUUCACUUAUGGUGACGCAGUUCAAGUUGCACCGCUCGUGCAAUCUCGGCGCCCGCCCACGCCGCCUGCACCAGAGCGAGAAGUGAACAGUUCUCAAGAGAAUGGUUCUUAUCGGGAUGAACUUGACUUCCAGAGAUCUACUAGUGGCGGAGUUGGCGUCGUCAACGUCAACGUGCAUUCGUCGUCACCGCCACCCUCACCUCCAGCUGCACGGGUGCCCUCUAUCAACCAAGACUUGGAAUUGAAGUAUAUCGCAGCUCAGGACGAGAUACAACGACUUCGGGAUCUCCUUGCGGCUGUGCCUGAUCCGAGCUCUCUAGCGCCAGAGUCUAUUGCGCCUACCUCGAUCGCUCCUUCGGACUUCCGAAGGCGACAUACAUCUGCGCUCUCAGACGAUGGAGAGACGUAUGCUGGAUCUGACGUCGGCACCAUGGUGGAGCAUGAAAGCGUUAUCCACCAGGAAGGCGUUCCACUACAGGUGGUUGUUAUUAUCGCGCUUGGCGUUUUUAUCACAACGUAUCUAUUUUUCUAA